AUGAAACUGGCUAUGGCUGUAGUACUUGGCUUAUUUUUCACAUUUAAUCUAAUACUACUUCUUAAUGGCGUAGGACUUAUUAUUACUCCCCUAAGUAACAUGGAUACCUUCUUGGAUAUGGUUAGACCACUUUACGUUCUUAGUUCUAUUUUUUGCAUCCGCAAGUACUCCGUUCGUGAUGGAAUUGUUGCAACCAUUAGCCGCAAGGAAAUGCUUAUCACAAUAAGCGCAAAUUGUAUUUUGGUUUAUUUGUUCUCUUCUACUUUCCGAAGCACAGAAUUAGAGGAGAUUUCCCUCAAACUAUUUUAUCUUGUGAUAUAUGGCCAACAUGUGUUUUCUUUCGUCAUCAUAAGUUGUCAUAACAUGAGAUUGAGUAAGGUGUUUGUGGAAUUAAUCAAAAUACUUCAGGAAAUUUAUAAUUUUGAAAGAAGUCAGCUGUCGUCUAAAGCGGUAAAAAGAAAGUUGAUGAUUGCUUGUGGAAUUCUGAUAUAUUUAUAUAUUGAGGUCACCAUUCCAAAAAUCGUGUUAGAUCCAUACUGGAAUUGGUACAGAUGCUUGUUUCUAGGUCUCAGCAUCAUCGUCGACUUUGAAAUGGUUUUCAUAAUCUUUGUAAUCAGAUUUUUGGCUUUAAAAUUCAAAACAUGGUCUAAAGUUAUGAUUAAAUAUUCCUCUGACCAAAAAAAUUACAAUUGUCAGACUAACUUUAUGAACAUAGACAGUCCAAUACAAGAAAUAAGAAAUACAAGUUCAAGGAGGAAAUAUGAAACUGAGAAUUUAACUGAACGUAGACAAGACAGCGCCAUAGAAGUAUACGAAGAGUUUGAUGUCGACAACAGAGAUGAAGCAAAGAAACUGUUUGAAGUUUAUGACCAAUUAGUAAAUAGUACUAAUCUGAUGAAAUCUGCGUUUCAAUUCACUGUACGUGAUCUGCUUGUUACUUUUAGCAGUGUGUUUGUUUUUCCUAUCAUUUUAUUCCCUCAGUUAAACACGAAAACAAGGAGCGGCGUGUUAAUCAGCCACUCCGCCGGCAUUGUCGCAUGGAUUGCAAAGGCGUUGUUUAUACAGGCGUUUGUGGGGUAUGAGAUGGAGUGCCUAUACACAGGCGUGCGAGCUUCGCGUACGGCGGCCUGUGUUCUUGUGGGUCGUCGACAUGAUUUGGCGACGACCCGAUCAGCCAAGAACGCUCUGCGACUGUCCAGUAGUAGACCGUGCCGCUUCAAGGCCGUCGGCGCGCUGCCCGUCGACGCUGCGUUACCGCUGCGACUCGCUGCGCUGGUCGGCUCCUACACGGUCGUCUUGUUGCAAUUCGCGCUGCCAUAA